AUGGUUGAACAAGUAUCCCUAUUAGAAUGGUUUGCUAAUAAUUAUAAAAACUUUGGUGCCACAUUAGAAAUUAUUACAGAUAAAUCCCAAGAAGGUGCCCAAUUUGUGAGAGGAUUUGGUGGAAUUGGAGGUAUAUUACGGUACCAAGUAGAUUUCCAGAUGUUUCAUCCAGACUUGCAGGAAUAUGAUGAUUUUGAUAUAGAUGAUUAUUAA